AUGAAUACUUCUGACAAUGAAACCGACAACAAUACCGCGUCAACAAUGGCGCAGGGUCAGAAUGUACGGGCUCCGACCAUCAACAACGCCCAUCAGAACGGGAUUGCCCCUGAAAAGCCGAUAAUGGAGCCCAUAGCCAUUUGCGGCAUGGCAAUGAGGCUUCCUGGCGGCAUCAAAGACGCUGCCGGUUUCUGGGAUAUGCUCUACAACGGACGUAGUGGCCGCUGUGAAGUACCCAAGCACCGUUACAAUGCCGAUGCCUGGUACGGACCCGGCAAGCUCGGUCACAUACCCAGCAAGUACGGCUACUUCCUUGACGAUAUUGACCUAGGCAAUACAGACUCAUCCUUUUGGUCGAUGACGAAGCAAGAGAUCGAGGCCAUGGAUCCUCAGCAAAGGCUGACUCUGGAAGUCGUCUAUGAAUGCCUACAAAGUGCCGGGCAGAAGCCCAACGAGCUUCGAGGCCGGAAAAUCGGUGUAUACGUAGGCACAUUUGAGGGUGAUUGGAUGGAACUAGAUGGCCGUGAUACCCAACAUUAUCACAUGUACCGCCUAACGGGAUAUGGCGAUUAUAUGUCCGCUAACCGAAUUCAUUACGAAUUCGGAUUCAUGGGUCCCAGUGCACUCUGCCAGACCUUCGAUGCCAACGCAGACGGUUACGCCCGCGGAGAGGCCGUGUCUGCUGUCUAUGUGAAGAAGUUGAGCGAUGCUAUUAGGGACGGGGACCCGGUAAGGUCUGUCAUCCGUUCGACAUGCAUCAACGCUGGGGGCAGAUCUUCGACUCUCACUGCGCCAAACACGGCCGCCCACGAGGCUUUGAUUAGACGCGGCCACGAGCUUGCAGGCAUCUCGGAUCUCUCCAAGACUGCUAUGGUGGAGUGUCAUGGCACUGGAACAGCGGUCGGCGAUCCUAUCGAAGCGCUUGCGGUAGCCAAUGUCUUUGGAGACCACGGAAUAUACAUAGGAUCGGUGAAAACGAAUUUGGGCCACAGCGAGGGCGCUUCAGGACUGUCGAGUUUGUUAAAGAUGUCCUUGGCGUUGGAGAAUCAGACCAUCCCACCGAAUCUGAAUUUCAGAACGCCAAAUCCUAAGAUCCCUUUCAAAGAACGCAAGCUCACGGUCCCUACCGAACCCCUACCCUGGCCUGAAGAUCGUGACUACACCGUCGCGGUGAACAGCUUCGGGAUCGGGGGCUCAAAUGCCCAUGUCGUGCUCUCAUCUGCGACAUCAUUUGGCGUCGAGAAAAAUCUACACAACAACUCAGACGUCAUUGACCCGAGGACUAACCCCUAUCUUCUACUAUUUUCAGCCAAGCAUCCAAAGGCGUUGAAGAAAAUGGUUGAUGAUCAUCAGGCCUAUCACGUCUCGAAUCCUUCGCGCCUUGCAGAUAUGAGCUACUCGUUGGGCUUGAAGCGGGAAGCAUUGAACCAUCGAGCUUUCGUCAUCACAGAUGGAGCUAAUGACUGGAGCCCUGUGUACUCAUCACGGCCUCUUCCGCGUGAGCCGCCCAAGAUAGUCUUUGUCUUUGGGGGUCAAGGGGCCCAGUGGGCCGAAAUGGGCAAGGAACUGAUCAUGAAUGUCCCCAAAUUCCGGGCUAGUCUUGAAGCCAUGGAUGAUAUCUUGCAUAGGCUUCCAGAUGGACCAACAUGGAAUUUAAUCGAUGAGAUGUUGGCCGCCAAUAAGACUAGUCGUAUCAACCAGGCAGAAUUGUCGCAGCCUUGUAGUACAGCCAUCCAGGUGGCGCUCGUCCAGCUCCUCGAGCACUACGGCGUACGACCCGACAUGGUUGUCGGGCAUUCCAGCGGCGAAAUUGCUGCGGCAUACUCCUGCGGCUCGAUCUCAGCAAGUGAUGCGAUCGCGGUGGCCUACUAUCGCGGGAAAGUCAUGUUGGAAGAAGCCGGCAACACUAAGGCAACGCCGGGUCGAAUGGCUGCAAUCGGCCUUGGACCGGAUCAGGUCCAGCCAUAUCUGGCAAAGGGAGUGUUGAUCGGCUGUGAGAACAGUCCCGAAAGCACGACUAUCACUGGUGACCAGGAUGCAGUCGAGAGAGCUAUGCAGACAAUAAAGGACGCAAACCCAGAUGUAUUCGUCCGUGCCCUUCGAGUUGACAGGGCCUACCACUCGCAUCAUAUGCAGGAACUAGCAUCGCGAUAUCUGCACCUCAUGCCCGACGUCAGCACUCCAAAAGACCCGCAGACAGCGUUCUAUUCCAGCGUGACUUGUCAAAAGAUAUGCAGUGGUGCCGAGCUCGGUACGCAGUAUUGGGUAGACAACCUUACCUCGCCAGUACGGUUCUCUACUGCGGUCAAUAAAAUUCUGCUCGAGCCAGAACGCAAGACUUUUGUCGAGAUAGGGCCACACGCAUCGCUGGCUGGUCCUAUACGACAGAUCUUCAAAGCCGCCAGCACAAAAAAUGCCGAUUACACGAGUAUAUUAACACGGGGCCAAGACUCACAUGCCAGCCUUCUCAAAGCCUUAGGGGAGCUCUGGUCGGGGAACCAUGGUUUGGAUCUCAGCGCUAUUUUCGGCACAUGUGGUACCUUUUUGACAGACCUGCCGCUGUAUCCGUGGCAUUAUGAGGAGACACUUUGGAAUGAAAGCCGUCUGGCCCGCGAGUGGCGUCUCCGCGAGUUUCCGCACCACGACAUCCUGGGUUCGCGAGUCUUGGAGAGCACCGACCACACUCCCACCUGGCGCAACCUGCUCCGCCUGGAUGUGGUGCCUUGGAUCAAGGACCAUGAGAUAUCCGGCGAAAUUGUCUUCCCUGGUGUCGGAUACAUCGCUAUGGCCGGCGAAGCAAUUCGGCAGCUCACGGGCACCAGCGACUUCACCGCGCGGCGAGUCCAUAUUAAAGCAGCCAUGAUCUUGAAACAGGACACAUCGGCUCUCGAGGUGGUCACUCAACUGCAGAAGAUACCACUGACGAGUUCUUAUGAGUCGGAAUGGUACAGUUUCAGUAUUUCCAGCCAUCAGAAUGGCGGCUGGCUGAAGCACGCGUCGGGAGAGGUCCGCGCAAAUCAAUGGCUAGAGCGAGAGCCUGCCGUGCCAGACCUCACCCCUCUUCCUCGCCUCGUAUCGACCAAAGCUUGGUACAGAAAAUUCCGGUCCAUGGGUAUCGAAUAUGGACCGCGAUUCGUCGGCCUCAAGGACAUCUCUGUUGACACACAGGAGCCCCAACUCGUUGCGAGCGUGACCAAUCACGUCGGCGAUGGAGAGUCGCCUUACGCAAUACACCCUGCCACGCUUGAUUGUGUUCUGCAAGCCGUGGCACCGGCUGUGAGCUGCGGACUCACACGACGAAUGAAAGCCGUUGGGAUUCCGUCAUACAUCGAGGAGAUAUACAUUUGCCCACCCGCAUCGCCCGAGAUGACUAUGCACGUUAUAGCAUCAGAGUCGCCGAGAAACGCGUACACUGGGGACGCGACAGUGGUCUCAAAUGGGGAGAUGGUUGCACGGCUGAAAGGAGUACAAAUGUCUUUCAUUGGUGACUCUGGUAACGAUACCGAGGAAGACUUGCAUGCAGCUGUUGAGCUCGAGUGGAAGGAAGCUAUCAACUUCAUGGAUUCCGCGCCUCUGAUACGUCAGGCCAAGGACAGACGAGAAGUCCAUGCCCUUCUGGACAAAUUUUCAGCUAUAUGCAUGCUGGAGACAAAUCACCGUCUUUCAGGGGCCAUUCCAACCCAAGUCCAUUUUGAGAAGUAUCGCGACUGGCUGAAUAGUGUCGCAGCCGAAAUCGAGGCUCGAACAUGUUUAAGCCCGGAAGAAGACGAGAGAAUAGUUAACAUGGACUCCGACUCGCGUGAGAAUACCAUUGCUUCACUACAUGCCCAGCUCAUGCGAACAGAGGCACACGCUGCAGCUGAAGCGAUUUACAGGAUCACAAAAGACUGCGUCUCCAUCUUCGAGGGCAACACCGACGUGCUAGCCCUGCUACUAGAUGGUAACUUGCUGCACGAGCUCUAUGACUUCAUGCAGAACUCGGACUACACAGCAUUCCUCGACCUUGUGGCCCAUCAGAAGCCCAGCCUCAAGGUCCUGGAGAUAGGUGCCGGCACUGGGGGUACUACAGCUACUGUCUUGCCUGCCUUCCAGUCCGCUUAUGGCGAACGGGGCAGAGAGCGGUUCAAGGGCUAUGCCAGUAUCGAUUACGCGAUCCUUGAUAUUUCUAAGGACCCGUUGGGGCAGGGCUUCGAGCCUGAAAGCUUCGACUUCAUUAUUGCUUGUAAUGUCCUUCAUGCCACGCCCGUCAUUAACGAAACGUUGUCGCAUGUUCGCAAGCUAUUGCAUCCCCGUGGCAGACUCUUUUUACAGGAGCUGUGCCCCAGGACCAAAUGGAUCAACAUGGUCAUGGGUGUCCUCCCGGGCUGGUGGCUUGGAUCAGAGGACGGGCGCCUCACGGAACCGUACAUCAGCAGUGAGCGCUGGGACGCAGAGCUCCGCCGGGCUGGAUUUGCAGGUGCAGAAACCGUGGCAUAUGACGGCUACCUGAACAACAAUAUCAUCGCCAUGCCGGCCGAGAUCGAGGUCCAUUCAAAACGUGUGACACUGCUACAUAUUGGCCAUACACCCGGGUCGGAGCUCGACGUCCUUAUUUCUGAGCUCCAUAGCGCCGGGUUCAGCGUUGAUAUGCACCCCUUUGGCAGUCUUGAUGCCCUACCGCCCAAACAAGAUGUGAUCGCAGCACUUGAUAUCACGCGGCCUUUUUUCCACGACCUCACGGAGGAGCAGCUCGCACAGUUCCAGGGCCUGCUCAGGCAGGCGAGUGGCGGACAGUGCGGUGUGCUUUGGGUCACAGGCACGAGCCAGGUCGCCUGUGUCGAUCCGCGCUAUGCACCUGCCAUCGGCGUAGCCCGCGUGCUACGGACCGAGACGAACAUUGACAUCGCAACACUGGAGCUGGAAGACUUCGUGCAAGGACUUUCGUUCGUGCCCAAAGUCCUGGCCGAGUUCCAGCGCCGGUCUGGAGGGCAGGAGGCUGGGUCCGUGAGCCCCGAGGCUGAAUGGGCCGUGGCUGGCGGGAAAUUACUCAUUGGCCGAUAUCAUUUUGUCAAGGUUCCAGAGCAGCUCAAAGGUGGCGCGUCUGAAGGGGCAGAAAGCUCUCUGAGGGUCAUCAAGAAGCUGGAGCAGCACCGAGCCGGUCUUGCCAGCACAUUGUUUUGGAAGGAGACACCGCAACCAAGAUUGUGUGCCAAUAUGGUGAGGGUGAAGGUAAUGGCUGUUGGGAUGAAUUUCAAGGACGUGCUCAUCUCAGUGGGAGUUGUCGCCGAGCCAUCCGCAAUAGGAAGAGGCUUGGGCUGCGAGUGCAGCGGUGUCAUUACGGACAUAGGGCCCGGCGUGUCCAAGCACCGCGUGGGCGAUCGCGUGGUUGUAUGCUCCAGUGGAUCAUUCACUACAAGCAUGGACGUCUCCGAGCACCUUUGCGUCACCGCCCCAGACACCAUGACAUUCGAGCAAGCUGCCAGCAUGCCCGUAGUAUACAGUACGGCCAUAUACUGUCUACUUGAUGCUGCAAGACUAGCUAAAGGGAUGUCCGUUCUGAUCCAUUCGGCAGCUGGUGGUGUAGGAAUCGCAGCAAUUCAGAUUGCUCAGAUGGUUGGUGCUGAGGCAAGCAAAUUCCCUCUCUGCGCGCUCUUGGGUUCUUUGAAGCUUACAUUAAAAUCUGCGCAGAUCUACUGCACGGUAGGCACCCAAGAGAAGAUCGACUUCCUCACGGCCAGGUUUGGGAUCCCGCGUCAUAAAAUUUUCAACUCACGCGAUACCAGCUUCCUGGACGGGGUCAAACAAGUGACUAGAGGCAGAGGUGUCGACGUCGUUUUGAAUGCUCUAUCUGGUGAACUUCUACAUGCCUCGUGGAACUGCGUUGCCGAGUGCGGAACGUUUGUCGAGAUUGGGCGCCGUGACUUCGUGGGCCACGGGAAGCUGGCGAUGGAGGGAUUCUUGUCGAACCGGACGUUCGUGGGCUUUGACUUGUCGCAUCUCGGCGAGGAGCGACCCCUUAUUGCAGGAAGCCUCUUACGCCGCGCCGUUGAGUUCUAUCAACAGGGCUUUAUCGAGCCAAUCUACCCCUUGAAGACGCUCAGUGCCUGUACGAUCUCAGAGCCAAUUCGGAAUAUGCAGAAGGGGGACCACAUAGGAAAACUGGUUGUGAGCAUGCCACAUGAUCACAAGGAUCUCCCGUCGGAGACAGGGUAUGAUGAGUUGUGCCUUCGGAGCGAUGGCGCAUACCUCUUUGUGGGUGGCCUGGGCGGCCUGGGGCGCUCUACCACUACCUGGCUUGUCGAGAAAGGCGCAAGAAAUCUUGUGCUCUUUUCGCGCUCCGCCGGGCAGCUACGUGACGACGAUCCCUUUGUCCAGGAACUCCAGAGUCUGGGUUGUACAGUCACUAGGGUGUCUGGUUAUGUGACUAUUUACGAAGACGUCGUGCGUGCCAUGAAAGCAGCGGGCAAACCUAUUAUUGGCAUUUUGCAAGCAUCAAUGGUUUUGCAGGACUCAAGCCUCGACGACAUGUCGUGGGCCCAGUGGAUCGCAGCAUCUCGGCCCAAGAUCCAGGGAACAUGGAACCUGCAUAACGCCCUCCUACACGAGCAGGAAGACCAGCCGGUGGAGCACUUCCUUCUCUUUAGCUCCCUGGGCGCGAUGACAGGCCAAUGGGGUCAGGCAAACUACAACGCGGGAAACAGCUUUUUGGACGCCUUCGUCUCGUUCCGCCACUCACUCGGCCUAUCCGCCAGCGUCAUUAAUAUCGGCGUCGUAGGCGACGUUGGCUACGUAAGUGAACACCCCUCCGUGCUGGAUUCCCUAAGGGCCACGGGGCAGUAUAUCAUGAGGGAGCCGGAGCUGCUGGACUGCCUGGAGCUCACGCUCAAGCGGUCGGGGCCAGCACCAUACGACACGGCGGCACGACAAGACCGUGACAAGAAACAAUUAUCGGGUCCUGGGACCUUUCGCUACGUCCAACCCUCGCAACUCGGGACUGGCUUGCGCUCGCUGCUGCCCAUCACGGCGCCCAAUAACCGGACGCCGUGGCGUAGAGACCCGCGCAUGCUCGUCUACCGCAACGUGGAGCAGGGCGCCGGCGCCGACGCCACCUCAACGGAUCCCGCAUCCUCGACCGAGAAGGAGCUGAGCAAGUUCCUCCGUGACAUCGCGUCCAACAUGGCGCUGCUGAAGUCGGACGAGGCGGCAACCCUGCUCGCGCGCGAGAUCGGCAGGACCCUGCUGGGGUUUAUGAUGCGAGCCGAGGGGGAGCUUGAUCUCAAUGCGUCGCUGGGAGCUAUUGGCAUCGACUCUUUGGUCAGCAUUGAGCUGAAGAAUUGGAUACGGAGGAGGUUGGGCGCGGAGGUGACGGUGCUUGAGAUUGUGCGUGCGGACAGCCUGGUUCAAGUUGGUGAGAUUGUUCGGGGAAAGUUGAUUGAGAAGUAUCAGGCCAGACGAUGA